UCCCCUAAUCCUUUCCUUUGUACUACACAACCAGUAUCCUUUUUUGAUUUUUCUAUAUCAUGCGUUAGCUUUCCUUCUAUAACCAUUUAUCCUUACUUUUCUUUGCGAAAUUUCGCACUUUUUACUCUACAUUUGGAUGAAUUGGGGAGGGUUUUUUUGUUCUUCAACACUCAGUAUGGCACAUGGUGCCACAGCAUACUUUCUCAUGUUUCUUUACGAAACUUCAAUUCUGUAAUACCCCGUUACUAUAUUCAGUCCUUCCAGACAGUUGCAGAGUUUACGACCCACACAACACCACUUCCAACACCAAUGUUCUCAUCUUGUUAG